AUGCCUCAGCCAGCAUCAACGCAGCCAUCAGAAAAGGAGACUUCCCUGGCAGUUGCUUUGGCUGCAGGAAGCAAGGGUACUGAUGAUUCGAGUGCCCCAACUGCUACGGUUGCCUUGGGUUCCACCCAGGUCACGACAAGCGCCCCCGUCCCUUCACCCUCGGCAAGUAUAAGUGCCACUUCAGCGAAAUCCAAGCAAUCGGAGCUGGCGGACUUAAUGGCACAGGUGAAGUCGAUGCACGAGGAAUUGGAGCACUACCGAGCAAUGAAGGAGGAGGGUUUUUGA